AAACCCCAAAGCUUCCUUCUUUUCAACGCUCUCAGUUGCUAUUUUGCGAGCACUACCAAAACAAAACUAUUUCAAUUUGAAGAUGAUGAUAAUUAUAUCCAUAAAUCAUUUCAAUCAUGAACAAGAACCCACUUCGAUAAUCACUCCAUUUUGUUUCUAAUCCGUCAAACUGAAACGAAAACGAAGCGAUAAUGGAAUUCCCUCCAAGUUUUUUCAAAGGGUUUACUUCUUCUGAGGAAUAUGCGUUGAAGGAGAUGAUGAUGAUGAGAGGGGGCUGUGGUCGGACGACGUCGUCUUCUUCAUUGGUGUUGGAUAAUGAAAGGGGAGAGAUAGUGAGGGCUCUGGUUAGACCUGGCAGUAUUCAUCAUCAUCAUCAUAAUUCUCAUGUUCAUCAUCAUCAUAAGGGGGCAAAAGCAGAGAAAGCUUUAAUGGCUUUGAGGAAUCAUAGCGAGGCGGAGAGACGGCGGAGAGAGAGAAUCAACGGCCAUCUCUCUAUGCUUCGUAGCCUCAUUCCAGGCACUACUAAGAUGGACAAAGCCUCAUUACUAGCCGAAGUCAUCUCCCAUCUAAAUCAAAUGAGGAAAACAGCCACCGAAUCCACCAAAGGCGUUCUUAUACCAAUGGACAUCGAUGAAGUAAAAGUCGAACAAGAAGAUGACACCAUUGGUCUCAAUGGAUCCUCAUAUUCCAUAAAAGCCUCUUUAUGUUGCGAAUAUAAACACGAAGUCCUCUCAGAUUUGAAAGAAGCCAUUGAUGGACUCCAUUUAAAAACAAUUCGGGCAGAAAUUGCAACUUUAGGAAGCAGAAUGAUUAACCUUUUUGUAAUUACAGGUAGCAAAGAUGAUGUGAACAUCAAGGAUAUUGUGAGUUCGGUUCGCCAAGCUCUCAAAUCGGCAUUAGUAAUACUCACAGCUACAGGAAGCACAAAUACAGGUCCUGUCACGAGAUCUAGAUCUCGGGCCGUAACAAAUUUGAUAUCACAGCCACUCGUGAUGUCUACUCAACAGGAAGAAUUGAUGAAGAAGCUAGAAGCAUUCAUGGUCCAGCAAACUGAAAAUACGCUUGAACUGAAGGGGGGCAAUCGAAGCCUUGCAGCCAAGCAUGCGACGCUGGAAGAGAGUUUAAUUAUCACAAUCCCAAAACAAGGUCAACAAAAAGGGUCUGAAGCAAGCGAGGAAGAAGAAGAGAUGGACCAACAAUUUGAAGAUAGCAGCGAACUAGCCUAA